AUGGUACUGCUCUCCAAAUUCAUGAGCUGGCUUCUCUUAGCAAGCACAGCUACCUCAACCCAAAUUAGCAGUGAUAAAUGCCAUACCGAUCAAGAUCUCUCAUCUUGCGACCCUGUCGAGCUCCAAGCUCUACGCUCAGAAUGGACAACUGGUGUCGACAAAGCUUUCAAGGAGCAUGGCGUUAUAAUCCAAGAGCCCACAGACGCAGAACUUGCAUUGAUUCCGGAAUCCUUCCGAGACAAGGCGAGAGAAGAGCAUGCUAAAUGGUACAAAAUUCAGUGGGAGCAUCUGCCAAACAAGCUUAAGAGAUGGAUUUUGGAACAUCCCUGGCAAACAGCCUUCCACAUUGUAAAUGGAGUAGUUUUCUUUACACCAGCUGGAGCAAGUGGAUUAGUCCUAUGGGCUCUAGGUUUUACUUCAAUAGGACCAAAAGCUGCAUCGUUUGCAUCGUUUCUGCAAAGUACAAUCGGUUUGGUGUCGACAAAUAGUUGGUUCGCGAUGUUUCAAAGCGCAUCCAUGGGUGGUUGGGGAGCACCUAUUGUGCACACGGCUACACAGUUCGGAGCUUGUGCGAAUAGCUUCGUGGCUGCAGUUUGGGGUUGGAGUCGUGGAAAUAGUACAGCGUAG